CACCACCUGUCGCAUUGCAUGAUGUCAAAGGAAAACGUCUUAUCUGGAGAGGCCGGGUCCCAUGUGUUCGCCGGGGUUCUGUUGGACUUCGACGGGACUAUCAUCGACUCAACGGAGGCGAUUGUUGAGCACUGGAAAAGAAUCGGCCUCGAACUGGGGAUCGACCACAAUGAGAUCCUCCGCACGUCGCACGGCAGACGAAGCAUCGAUAUUCUUCGCGAUCUAGACCCCACAAAGGCAAACUGGGAAUACGUCAGCGCGAUGGAAGCCCAAGUCCCCCUCCUGUGCACCACCCCCGCUGUCGAGAUCCCCGGAGCCCGCAAGCUCCUCGAGUCCCUAGACAAAUACCAAGCCCCUUAUGCAAUUGUCACGUCCGGAACAAAGGCCCUUCUAGACGGGUGGUUGAAGGUUCUCCAACUCCCACGACCACAGGAAGUCACGGUCGCCGAAGAUGUCAAGCUCGGAAAGCCGGAUCCGGAGGGGUAUCGGAAGGCAAAAGAGAGGAUGCUGCUAUCGUUGGAUUCUGAGACAUACAGAGAUGUGCUGGUGAUGGAGGACGCCCCGGCCGGGAUCAGAGCGGGGAAAGCGGCUGGGUGUUAUGUGUUGGCAGUUGCGACGACACAUGGUGUGCAGGAGUUGAAGGACGCGGGGGCAGACUGGGUGGUCAUGGACCAUCGGUUUGUGGAUGUGGAAAGGGUGGAGACUGCAGGGUUUAGAUUUGUGUUUCGAAAUUUGUUGUAGAU